GUUUUGCAACCGCCUUGUGGAUAUGAUUUGUCCAAACAAGCGUUAAUAAAAUGGAAUAUGAAACCUCCUUACCUGAGCUUAGUGAUGUCCUCGCAUUAAGCUGCAACAAGAGGCUGGAACUGCUGGAGUCGUUUUUAAGUGAACCAGAUGGCGAUAAAAAGUUAAAUUACAGCCUUAACUUAGAGGAUAACUUUAAGAGUCACCAAUUUUCAAUUGAUGCUUUAUUGGAUACAUUUAUAUUGCUUUAUGAUGAAUGCAGUAACUCAUCCCUUCGCAGGGAAAAAAGUGUAUCGGAUUUCCUUAAGCUUGCUAAACCGUUUGUCCACAUUGUAAGGAAGCUUCGCCUGACACGUGAAGACUUUGAAAUAUUAAAAAUUAUUGGACGUGGAGCGUUUGGUGAAGUUUGUGUUGUUCGCAUGCUCUCGUCGGAAAAUAUUUUUGCAAUGAAAAUAUUAAACAAAUGGGAGAUGCUAAAGCGAGCUGAGACGGCAUGUUUUCGCGAAGAAAGAGAUGUUUUAGUUCUUGGAGAUCGUCAGUGGAUCACAAACUUGCACUACGCCUUUCAGGAUAAUAUAAAUUUGUACCUGGUUAUGGACUAUUACUGCGGUGGAGACUUAUUAACAUUAUUGAGCAAAUUUGAAGAUAAACUUCCUGAAGAUAUGGCAAAAUUUUAUAUUACAGAAAUGAUCUUAGCGAUAAAUAGCAUUCACCAACUCAAAUAUGUUCAUAGAGAUAUAAAACCGGACAAUGUUUUGUUAGACAAAAGGGGGCAUGUACGGUUAGCAGAUUUUGGAUCCUGCUUACGCUUGGAUAAGGAUGGUACUGUUCAAUCGAAUGUUGCCGUUGGUACACCUGAUUAUAUAUCACCCGAAAUUUUAAGGGCCAUGGAGGAUGGAAAAGGACGUUACGGAACAGAGUGUGAUUGGUGGUCACUUGGUGUGUGUAUGUAUGAAAUGUUGUAUGGAGAAACUCCAUUUUAUGCAGAGAGUUUAGUGGAAACAUAUGGAAAAAUUAUGAACCACCAAAAUUGCUUUAAUUUACCGUCUCAAGAUACUUCACACUGUAAGUUAUCGGAAGCAUCUAAGGACUUGCUUUGCAAGCUAAUUUGUACACCAGAAAACCGACUUGGUCAAAAGGGGCUACAAGAUUUCAUGCAACAUGCGUGGUUCGAAGGAAUUGAUUGGGAAAAUAUUAGAUCUGGCCUUGCGCCUUAUAUACCAGAAGUAUCAAGUCCAACAGACACAUCCAAUUUUGAUGUGGAUGAUAAUGAUGUGAGAUUAAUAGAUUCUAUUCCUCCUUCAUCAAAUCCUGCCUUUUCUGGAUUUCAUUUGCCAUUUAUUGGAUUUACCUUUUCACAAAAUUGUUGUAAAUCGGAUUCAAAGUCAGUUGACCAAACCCCUGAUAAUAAAAAUGCAACGUCCAGUUUAGAUAAAUCUCUUGGAAGUCCCUUUUUGUGCAAUAAACUAUCUAGUGAUACAGAAAAAUCUAGCGAAGUAUAUAACAAUCAAAUUAAAACAUUAACAGAACAGUUAAUUACGUCUAAACGAGAAAAAAACGAACUAUCCGCAAAGUAUAAUGAACUUGUUGAAAGACUCAAAAUUCAAGAAUCUGAACUUAAGGAAACAAUUUCUCAGCGCAAUGUGGCAAUGAUGGAAUACUCGGAGGUUACCGAGAAGCUUACUGAACUUCGAAACCAAAAGCAAAAACUCUCAAGACAAGUUCGAGAUAAAGAAGAAGAGCUUGAUGCGGCAAUCCAAAAAAAUGAUAGUUUAAGAAAUGAGUUGCGAAAGUCUGAUAAAACGAGAAGAGAACUGGAACUUCACAUUGAAGAUGCUGUAAAUGAAGCGUCGAAAGAGAAAAAAAUUAGAGAGCACGCUGAAGAAUGUUGCAGAAAGUUACAAAUAGACUAUCGAAAAUCAAUACCAAAUGUAGAUUCAACAACUCCUACAAGUGUCUCUUCGGGAAUAGCAUCAUACGAAAUAGAACGCUUAGAGCUUCAAUAUGCCGAAAAGUUAAAUCAUCAACAAGCGCGCAAUAAUUUAGAACUAGAAGCCCUGAAAGAGCAACUUAGUGAGUUAGAAACAUCCAACUCAAUACUUUCUGCUGAGUUGCAACAAGCACAUGAAAAAUUAAAAUGUGCCCCUAUUGAUUAUAUUGCUGAUUCAGCAGAAACGAUUUUAGAAUUGCAGAAAAGAUAUGAUUUGGAUAAAUCAACAUGGUACGAGGAGAAGCAACGUUUAAGCUCAGAAGUAAGCGAAAAAUGUAAAAAUCUACGUGACUUGCAAGCGGAUGAAAUUCAAAUACUUAAGGAAUUACAAGUCAAGCGAGAAGCAAUAAACCAUUGGGAGCUCCAAAUGGCAGAAAUUAUUCAAUGGGUAUCGGAUGAAAGAGAUGCUAGAAGUUAUUUACAAGCGCUAGCUACAAAAAUGACUGAAGAAAUAGAAUAUCUCAAACAUGUUGGAGCGUUAAAUAAUAAUGCAGUAGAUCAUAAAAAUUGGAGAAAUAGGCGAUCACAAAAAUUGGAUAAAAUGGAGUUACUCAAUUUGCAAAGUGCUCUUCAACGCGAAAUUCAGGCAAAGGCAUUUAUAGCUGAAGAGCUUAGUCAAACCAGGGCUGAACUUAUUUCUACCCAAAAAGAAGUUUGUGAUUAUAAAAAGCGAUGCGACAAUAUUCUAUAUGAUUUAAAGAAAAAAGAAAUCGAACUUAGAGACAUACAGAAAAUUGAUGUUGCAUAUCCAGAGUCUUUUUUAAAUAAAUCAUCGCAUCAUAACAACGCUUUCUUCAAAGAUAUAUCUAUAAACCCUGAUGUGAUAGACUCUGAAGAAUCAUAUGUCAACGAUGCCAGGGAUAGUAUUUCUUCUGCAUCUAAUUUGUUUCAAGCAUCCAAUAGUGGAAUGCUUUUUAACUACGAAUCAAAAUAUUCACUUAAAACAAUUAAGGACAAUAUAAGUGUAAAGAAUUCUACUAUUAAUGAUGACAUUAGAUCUGAAAAUAGUUCCAACUAUGAGGAAUCCAAAAAAAAAACCAACAAUUCUUCAAUUCAUCAAUUCCUUGUACGAACAUUUAGUAGUCCUACCAAAUGCAACCACUGUACUUCUUUAAUGGUGGGAUUAACAAGGCAAGGCGUUGUUUGUGAAAUUUGUGGUUUCGCAUGUCAUACUGUUUGUUGUCAAAGAGUUCCGACUAUGUGUCCAGUACCCAUGGAUCAAACUAAGAGACCCUUGGGUAUAGAUCCCACAAGAGGAAUUGGAACAGCAUAUGAAGGAUAUGUUAAGGUUCCCAAAUCCGGUGUCAUAAAACGAGGAUGGAUUCGUCAAUUUGUGGUCGUGUGUGACUUUAAACUCUUUUUGUAUGAUAUAUCUACUGAUCGGUGUGCUUUACCUAGUGUAAGUGUAUCCCAAGUGUUAGAUAUGCGUGAUCCAGAAUUUUCUGUUGGCAGCGUCCGGGAGAGUGACGUUAUUCAUGCUGCUAAAAAGGAUGUCCCGUGUAUUUUUAAGAUUAAAACAUCUCUUAUCGAAGGAGGAAUCUCAUUAAGCACUUUGAUGCUGGCGGAUAAUGAAUCGGAAAAGUCCAAAUGGGUAAUUGCAUUGGGAGAACUUCAUCGCAUUUUGAAACGAAAUAAUUUACCAAAUACGGCCAUUUACAAAGUAAACGAAAUAUUAGACAAUAAUUUGUCGCUUAUACGAAACGCACUAUGUUGUGUUAUAACUUACACAAAUCAAAUUUUACUAGGAACAGAAGAUGGGCUGUUCUAUUUAAACUUAGAUCAAUAUGAAAUUGCGCGUAUUGGAGAAACAAAAAAGAUUUUGCAAUUGUGGUAUAUUGAAGAAGAGCAGAUAAUUGUUAUUCUUUGUGGAAAACAGCGACAUUUGAGGCUUUUACCGAUAAGAGCUUUGGAGGCAAGUGACGUAGAAUGGAUAAAAGUAAUAGAGUCUAAAAAUUGUAUUUCUGCUUGUACCGGAAUAAUACGGCGUUAUCCAAGUAUUGUGUAUUCAUUUAUUAUUGCGUUAAAACGACCCAAUAACCACACGCAAAUCAUCGUUUAUGAAAUUAAUCGAACGCGUACCAGACACCAAAAGACUUGUGAGUUCACGAUCGGAUAUUUAGCUCAACAUCUUCAAAUACUGUCAGAUAUGCGCCUAGUUGUUGCUCAUCAAAGUGGAUUUACAGCCUAUUUUUUGAGAGGAGAAGCAACAGCAAUGUCUCUUGUUCAUCCAGAAAAUCAACUAUGUGCGUUUUUGAAUUAUUCUGGGGUUGACGCUGUUCGAGUAAUUGAAAUACUUUCCCCAACCGGAGGAACUUUUGGAGAAUACCUCUUGGUAUUUCAAACUCUAGCAAUAUAUGUUGACUUACAAGGGCGAAAAUCACGAGAUAGAGAAAUAAUGUAUCCGGCUUUUCCAACUUAUAUAACAUAUUCCGAUGGUCAUUUGUUGGUAUUCUCGGAGACUCAUCUGGAUAUAUUCAACACACAAACCUCUGAGUGGGUUCAAUCUAUUGGUAUAAAACAGUCACUUCCUCUGAAUAAUAUAGGCAAUGUUGUUUUAACAUCUAUCAAUGAUACACCUUUGAUUAUAUACUUGGCAAAUAUUCAUACAAAGGGACAAUUGCACCAUCAUGAUGGAGACCAAAAAGGAGUCGGUAACAUUAAACGCAGAUUUUCUCUUAGAGAAAUAAACAAAACAGUUAAAAGUGAUCGAAGAUCAAAAAUGAUAUCUGGUCCAACUAAUUUCAACCACAUUUCUCAUAUGGGACCUGGAGACGGUAUUCAAAAUCAACGAUUAUUAGACUUACCAACCACUUUGGAGACAGCCGAACACACAAGUAAACAGCUCAUAACUUCGUUAAAUUCCGUGAACCAAAUAAGAAAAAGUAACUUACUGGAUCAAGCUGACGGUAACUCUGAGGAUUUCGGUAAGGAUAACAUGCUGUCUAGGACUCCCAGCCCAAUACGCACGUUACGUUCUGAUGACCUAAACAAUAUUGAUUAACAUGUAAUAGGUACAUUAAAUUAAAUGAUUGCCGAAUAAAAUUGAAUAAAAUUAAA